CAACACUCAAUUCCUCGAAAUUUUUGAACUUUCCGCUGGUGAUCUUUCCGUCGACUUCACUAACGCAGGAAUCAACCUCGGGGUCUGAGUCAAAAUGGGUGCCCUCAAAUACCUCGAAGAGCUUCAGAAGAAGAAGCAGAGCGACGUCGUUCGCUUCCUUCUUCGCGUUCGCUGCUGGGAGCUUCGCCAGUUGAACGUCAUCCACCGGGCCUCGAGACCCAGCCGCCCCGACAAGGCCCGCCGCCUCGGCUACAAGGCCAAGCAGGGCUAUGUCAUCUACCGCGCCCGUGUCCGUCGCGGUGGUCGCAAGAAGCCCGUCCCCAAGGGUGCCACCUACGGCAAGCCCACCAACCAGGGUGUGAACCAGCUCAAGUACCAGCGCUCCCUCAAGUCUACCGCCGAGGAGCGUGUCGGCCGCCGCUGCGCCAACCUUCGCGUCCUCAACUCCUACUGGAUCAACCAGGACUCUACCUACAAGUACUUCGAGGUUAUCCUUGUCGACCCCCAGCACAAGGCCAUCCGCCGCGACCCCCGCAUCAACUGGAUCGUCAACCCCGUCCACAAGCACCGCGAGUCCCGUGGCCUUACCUCCACCGGCAAGCGCUCGCGCGGUCUCAACAAGGGUCACCGUUACAACAAGACCCGCGCUGGCCGCAGAAAGACCUGGAAGCGCCACAACACCCUCUCCCUCUGGCGCUACCGGUAAACGGCUCGCCCAAGAGGUCCGUAGUCUACGGGAUCUGGUGCUGGCUCUGGCUGUUCUGCUCAUUGGCACGCUUUUUGUCUGGGUCUUUUGGGAAACAAGGGAACUUCUGGUUGUCGUGCUCCUCUUUAUGGUCUCGACAGCGACGGUGUCUUGACUGCAAAUCAUCAUCGCUGGGACACAACGGAAAGAAGGGUGAAUCCGCAUGGAGUUGUGGAAAAUCCAGUUAGCUCACCAAAAUGGACUAAACGCAUUUUCUGGUGUGCAUAUGAUACCUCUGUCCUUUUUAAUGGCAUUUUCAUGAUCAUCUAUGUGUGACUUUCAUAUCUUUGUUCCCCAUUUUGCUGCCAAUGAAUGAAGUGGAUCUUACGGAUUGACUUCUUCCUAUCGACGGGGCGAUGCUUCUGUUCUUAUGUUCUAUAUAACUUGAAAAGCUCGAGGAUGGUGCGCCAAAUUUUUCCUCAUAUGUCCUUACUGGUCAUCUCGGGGUCAUCCAUUAUCAUAGUGAUUCAUCAUCAUCAAUCUUAUUAUCAUCAGACGUGUAGCUUGCGGCCAUGUUUACGAUACAGGGAUGAAAAUAGGAGAAGCACGUCAACAACGAUAUGAACUAUUUUGGUCUUUAAUGAUGAAUCUCUAUUUACGAGUUGGUUGUAUCUCUCUACCGUCUCUAUGAGGUACAGUAAGGCGUGAGGUAUGUGCUCAACUUUUGUAAGGCCGAUAGAUGAAAACAUUCGGGGUUGUUUAUUUUCAAGUCCAGGAUGAGAACGAGGCAUUCGAUUCAAAUGCCAUAUAUGACCCAUAUUGGGAACACGGCGAGGCGAUGGUAAUGAGAGAAGCCUAUCGAAGUCUCUGUGUUGGGUGGAAGUAUCCACAACUACACAUCUGAAGAAAACGGAAACACCACAUGAGUCCCUGAAAAGCGCAGAACACAAAAUAGGGAAGGAACUUGGGGAUAAAAGUGACAAUACGAGGUUGAGGAAGGCAA